AUGCCAGGAAGCGGCCCCGGCGAAAGGAUGACGUGGCCUGGUCCGGCCCUCCCCGCGCCCCCCCCAACGCGCCCUCUCUCCUCAGCCCCGGGGACACCGCCCAUCCCGCCCCUCACCCGGACCCGCAGCCUCAUGGCCAUGUCCCUGCCGGGCAGUAGACGGGCCUCUGCUGGAUCCCGCAGUGGGGGCCCUUUGGGCCGCAGCGGCCUGGCGGUGUUCACCCAGUGUCCGCCGCUGCCUGCCAGCCAGAACGAGCACCUGCCUCUUCUCCCUGCCUCCAGGCGCACCUCUCCCCCAGUGAGCGUGCGGGACGCCUACGGCACCUCCUCUGUCAGCAGCAGCAGCAACUCGGGCUCCUGCAAGGGCAGCGACAGCAGCCCCACACCCAGGCGCUCCAUGAAGUACACGCUGUGCAGCGACAACCAUGGCGUCAAGCCCCCCACCCCGGAGCAGUACCUGACCCCGCUGCAGCAGAAGGAGGUGUGCAUCCGGCACCUGAAGGCGCGGCUGAAGGACACGCAGGACCGGCUCCAGGACCGGGACACGGAGAUUGAUGACCUGAAGACGCAGCUGUCGCGCAUGCAGGAGGACUGGAUCGAGGAGGAGUGCCACCGCGUGGAGGCCCAGCUGGCCUUGAAGGAGGCCCGCAAGGAGAUCAAGCAGCUCAAGCAGGUCAUCGACACGGUCAAGAACAACCUCAUCGACAAGGACAAGGGGCUGCAGAAGUACUUUGUGGACAUCAACAUCCAGAACAAGAAGCUGGAGACGCUGCUGCACAGCAUGGAGGUGGCCCAGAAUGGCCUGGCCAAGGAGGACGGCACUGGUGAGUCAGCUGGCGGGUCCCCCGCCCGCUCCCUCACCCGCAGCUCCACCUACACCAAGCUGAGUGACCCGGCUGUGUGCGGGGACCGCCCACCCGGUGAGCAUCCCGGGGCCUCCACCGAGGACGGGGCUGACAGCGGCUUCGUGACAACCGACGACACGCUGAGCCGGACGGACGCGCUGGAGGCCAGCAGCCUGCUGUCGUCGGGCGUGGACUGCGGCCCCGAGGAGGGCUCGCUGCUCGGCGGCUUCGGCCUAGGCCCCCGCUUCCCCGCCAGCAACACCUACGAGAAGCUCCUGUGCGGCACGGAGGCCGGCGUGCAGGUCAGCUGCGUGCAGGAGCGUGCCAUCCAGACAGACUUCGUGCACUACCAGCCCGACCUGGACGCCAUCCUGGAGAAAGUAACCCGGGCCCAGGCCUGCGGGGCAGUCCCCGAGCCAGGGGGCAGGUGCCCAGAGCCGGAGCCCCGCCCCCCGGGGCCCAAAGACCCCACCUCGGCGGUGGUGGUGACGGUGGGUGACGAGCCCGAGGCCCCGGAGCCCAUCACCUGCGGGCCAAGCCCGCACCGGCCCGGCGCCAACCCCAGCCCGUCGGUGAGUGUGGCGUGCCCCAUGGAAGAGGAGGAAGAGGUGGCUACGGCCGAGAAGGAGCCCAAGAGCUACUGGAGCCGCCACUACAUCGUGGAUCUGCUGGCCGUGGUGGUGCCCGCUGUGCCCACAGUGGCCUGGCUGUGCCGCUCACAGCGACGCCAGGGCCAGCCCAUUUACAACAUCAGCUCCCUGCUGCGGGGCUGCUGCACGGUGGCCUUGCACUCCAUCCGCAGGAUCAGCUGCCGCUCGCUGAGCCAGCAGGGCCCAGCCGGCGGGCCGGGUGGCAGCUCCCAGCUCUGAGGGGCCGGCAGCCCAGCCAGUGGCUCUGGCGGCCCGACCACGGAUUGUAGGGGUGCUGCUCUCCCUCUGGCCCAUUCCCGGAGGGCAGCGUCUUAUUUAUUUAGUCUUGGGUUUGGACGUGUUUUUGUUUUUUUUUAGGAUGUGAACCAUGUCAGGGGGCUGGGAGUCAGGGUUGGGGGAAGGCGUCCCAAAACAUGGACGGGAGACAAGGGAAGAGAGACCGAAGGCAGGGAGGCACAACCGAUUGGACAAAUGGCAGGGAGAGGAGGUGGCAAGGUCACCCCCCACCAGCCUGGCCCUGUUCUCCUGGACCCUCCCACAGGGCAGCCCUGGCCCACAGUGUCUCUGGUGUGUUGAUCUGGAGAGGCUGGGCCCGGAGACUCCGGGAGCCUCCAUGCCCCCACCCCUACGUCCUGUCUGGUGGCCUCCAGCCCACGCCUUCUGUCUCAGGCCACCCCUUGCCCUCGGUCCAGCCUCCUGGGCCAGCAUCAUCUCCUCGCAUGGAGGUGGCUGCCUCCCAGAGUACAGGCAACUGGCCCAGGACUCUGAGCAGGGUCUGCAGCCACCAGCUCCUGGCUGUGAUCCCAGCAUCUGCAGGCUGCUCCCCACACCGGGACUCGAAGCAUCAUCCAGGCCAUGGGCCAGAGGAAAGGCCGUGGUGGGCAAGAGGUGGCAGAGCACAGCGUGGGUUCUCCGUGUCUGUUCGUCCUAGACCUUCCCCAGGGUGUCUUUCCCUCUCGGCGCUUUUGGCCACGUCAGAUCAUUCCUCCCGUGACAGCGGCUAGCA